CAUUCUCUGAUACACAGCAGCAGCAUACAGCAGCAGAUUUUUCUCACCGGAAGAAUGGAAUCUGUAACCAAGCAUGCAAUUGUGAUUAAAAUCAUGGGUCGUACUGGAUCUAGGGGGCAGGUGACUCAGGUUAGAGUCAAGUUUCUUGAUGACCAGCACAGGUUUAUCAUGAGAAAUGUCAAGGGACCAGUCAGAGAGGGUGAUAUUCUCACAUUGUUGGAGUCUGAGAGGGAGGCCAGGAGAUUGCGCUGAGCCCAUAAUUUUGAUUGCCAUAUCGAAAUUUCCUUGAGUACUUGAUUAAUGACUGGGCUUUAUUCCCUAGUUAAUAGUCUUUGGUUUUGUUUGCUUAGACUCUUUAAGUUUGGAUAUGUUGAUUUUGGUGCACUUUAUGUUUCUGGAAUUGUUUUUAUGUUAAAAUUUUGCUAGCA